AACUUCUAAUCCUGGUCUAUAAAUGUUUCAACUUGCUAGCUAGCUACACCAAAAGGAAACGAAAAUUGACAUAUUGUGAUCAUGGAGGAGGGGUUGUUGUCGACUGCGGAGCAGCCACGAAGAUGGGGUGUUGUGUUGGCGGAGGAAGUGAAGAAAAGUUGUUACAUAGCGUUGCCAAUGGUGGUGGUGACGGUGUCACAAAACCUAUUGCGAGUAGCGUCUAUGUCAAUGGUUGGUCACCUUGGUCAGCUGGAACUUGCGGGCACCGCAGUGGCUACUUCCCUCACUAAUGUUACGGGCUUCAGUCUCCUUUUUGGAAUGGCGAGUGCAUUAGAGACGUUAUGCGGACAAGCUUUCGGGGCACGACAAUACCAUAGGCUCGGUACAUAUACAUAUGGUGCCAUGAUUAGUCUCAUUUUAGUCUGUUUCCCCAUUUCCAUUUUAUGGGUCUACAUCGACAAACUCUUAAUCCUUCUAGGCCAAGAUCCUUUAAUCUCGGCCGAAGCACGUAAAUUUUCAGUUUGGCUCAUUCCCACCCUAUUCCCUUACUCCAUACUCCAACUAUUUAUCCGAUACCUACUCUCGCAAAGUCUCAUCUUUCCAAUGCUUUGGAGCUCAGUCGCGGUUCUUGUUAUCCAUGUGCCUGUCUGUUGGGCUCUAGUGUUCCCGCUAGGGUUCGGGACAGCUGGAGCAGCAUUAGCCAUUGGAAUCUCCUACACUUUGAAUGUGAUGUUUCUUGGAUUUUACUUGUACUACUCUGAAGCGUGUGAAAAGACACGUGUCACGUUUUCAGUAGACGGUUUAAAAAGCAUCAGGGAGUUCUUUCAUUUCGCCAUCCCGUCAGCAAUCAUGUUAUGUCUUGAAUGGUGGUCGUAUGAGAUCGUUGUUUUGCUAUCGGGGCUCUUGCCUAAUCCUCAGUUAGAGACUUCAGUGCUCUCAAUAUGUCUAACAGUUGGUGUCCUACAUUACUACAUACCUUACUCAUUUGGGGCUGCUGUAAGCACACGAAUAUCAAACGAGUUAGGAGCUGGAAAUCCACAGGCUGCAAAAACGGCUCUAUUGGCUGCAACCGGUCUUGGAGCAGUGGAAGUGAUCAUAGCCAUCACCACUCUUUUAUGCUCACGUUCGUUUCUGGGAUAUGCAUUUGGUAGCGAGCAGGAAUUGGUAGACUAUGUCAAAGACAUCACCCUUCUUCUUUGUUUCACUCUAUUUGCCGAUACAAUUCAAGUGAUCCUUUCAGGAGUUGCUAGAGGGAGCGGGUGGCAACAUAUUGGAGCUUACAUUAAUCUCGGAUCAUAUUAUCUCGUUGGAAUACCCAUGGCUCUAGUUUUGGGUUUUGUGGUGGAUCUUAAAGGGAAAGGCUUAUGGAGUGGACUAAUUAUCGGAUCAAUCGUGCAAUGCAUUCUGCUUACUCUAAUAACAUGUUCUACUAGUUGGGAAAAACAGGCAACAAUGGCGAGAGAGCGGCUAUUUGUGCAGGCGGUUAUAGACAAGUAAUGAUGCUUCAACUAAACAGGCAAAAUGGGGCAAUGACAAACGUGCAAAAAGAACAUGCAAAUCGCAAAUGUUCGUCAACAAUGGCUUAAUGAUUGCUCAAUGCCUCAAUGAUGUUAUUUUGAGAAGUUACUUU